CAUGUGGGUGUUCGGCUACGGCUCCCUCAUCUGGAAGGUGGAUUUCCCCUACGAGGAGAAGAUGGUGGGACGCAUCCUAGGCUACAGCCGCCGCUUCUGGCAGGGCAGCACCGACCACCGCGGCGUGCCGGGCAAGCCUGGAAGAGUUGUGACUCUGGUUGAAGAUCCUGAGGGGUGUGUAUGGGGUGUUGCUUACAGAUUGCCAGCUGGACAAGAAUGUGAAGUAAAGGCAUACCUGGACUUCAGAGAGAAAGGAGGCUACAGGACUACAACUGUCAUUUUCUACCCAAAAGACUCAUCAGUAAAACCGUUUGACGUAUUGUUAUACAUUGGCACUUGUGACAACCCUAACUACCUUGGUCCAGCACCUCUAGAAGAAAUUGCUGAACAGAUUUUUAACGCAGUUGGUCCUAGCGGAAGAAACACAGAAUACCUAUUUGAACUUGCUAAUUCUAUCAGAAAUCUUGUACCAGAAGAUGUAGAUGAGCAUCUCUUCUCCUUAGAGAAACUAGUAAAGGAACUCUUGGAAAAGCAUCAAAACCUAAAUUGUCUAUAAAAUAACUUGCUACCUUUAAUGGUCUUGGUUCAUCUUCAGAGGAAUGGUUUCCUUGCACAAUGGGUAUAUGAUUUGGAGAUGUGCUUCUCUGUACUAAGUGGUCUUAUUUAUUUUAAUAUUGCAUUCAAAAUACUUGGCCAUUAAAACAUACUGUUACAAAAAACGUUCUUUCAGGAGUCUACAGAAAGGAGAGCAGGGGAAGUGUUUUAGGUUUGAAUUUGGUAUACUGGGUUUUUAUCCAAAGACUACAUCUUUAUGAAAAUCUCAAAAGAACCACUUAACUCCUCUUUGUUUGAAGAUUUUUUUAUUAUUAUUAUUAUUUCAGGUGUAAAAUAAAUCUUAAUAUUUUUAAGAUCAAAAUCUGUAUUCAGAUAGAUACAAGUCCCAUUGAUUUAAGUGAUAGUUCUUUCUGAUUCAAGACCACAGGCAUGGAGCGCAGCGCAGCUAAAGAGAUAAACGUUAAGUAGUUGUAAAUUGCAUGGUAAAUGCACAGUAGAACAUUUAUAUCAUCAAUGUUCAACUUCACUGAAAUUAAGUUAUUCCACUGAAUUAGUCAUCUUACCCUUUAUCUAUUAGUUUGUCCUUAAACACAGAGGAUAAAUGCUCCAUUGUCAAGGAAAUAAUAAUUUCCCUUGGCUCAUUAUGUCAAGGCCCUGAAAACCAAAGUACAGGGUACUUUGACACAAACAAGCCAUAACAUAUCAGUGCCUCAUUUUAUUUUUUAAGACUAAUAUAAAGAAUAAAGCCAAAAUUUUGAAGUUAAUUGAGUAUGACUUGAUGUCACAAUGCAGCAAGAAUGUUCAGAAACUUUCAUCUUUGUUAUUUGCCUUUAGAUGCUGUUGUAACUUCAUCUUUUAAAAAAAACACUCACCAAUCCCUAAGGAUAGGUUUUAAGCCAGUAAUUUUCAACCACUGUUUUAGGGAUUCACAGAAAAAAGGUAAUUAAGAAAGGAACCCUCUUUUCGGUAACCUUACAUGUGUUGCAUGGAUGUCCAAAUAAAAAGAGUUGGAAAGCCACCGGUUUAGGCUAGCAGGCUUACUUUAUGCAAAACAUAAGCAAAUGGAGUUUCCAUCCCAACAAGGACUUGUCUUGCUUCUCAAAAAUUUAAGUUAUUUUUGUUAACUUUAACAAAGUAUAUUUUUGUAUGUUAAUAUAGGAAAGGUCCUAUUUUAAACACCAUGUAAUGUCACAUUUUCUCGUACAGAGAAUGUAUAAGUGUUUAGUGGCUCGGAAGCCCAUAUUUUGCAUCAGUAAUUGCAUAAACCAUGUGUUUCUACUAUGCAGGUUGUCCCUUUCUCUUCUUUACAUUUUCCUGUUUUGUAUUUGUAAUUGCUUGAAAAUAUUGGUGUUCUCAAAAUAACAAGCUGCUAUUAUUUUGCUUGGCCACCUACAAGCCAAGAAGAACAUAAAUGAAUAACAGGAGACAUUUCAGAAAGGCAGCUAGAUGAGAAAAUAGGAUAUUAAAAUUCAAAACUAAAUUCAAGAUAAUUAGACCACUUAAAAUAUUUAACCAAGAAAGAUGUAUUUUUUACAUACCAGAUUAUAGUUUUAGCGUGCCUCUGGCAUCUCUCAAGCAUUGAUUCAUUGAGGGGGGAAAAAAAAAAGUGUGUUGGUUUUUAGAAGCUACUGUUUAUUAGUAACAGUUGAAUGCCAGUAUUUUAAGAGUACCUGAUGGGGUAUCACUUGCUGGACUACUCUAAACUGCAUAAGCAAAUCUUCUGAUCAUAUUAGCAAAAUAAUCAUAUGUAUUAAGGCCCCAUUU